GACUGAUGCGGAAGUGGAAUUCCUCGAGUUGACGGAAGCACGCGGUGGAGUUAAGGCGAAAGCUGAGAGAGAGAGAUCAGAACGCAUACGCGCGCGCAUACACUGCAGUAACCCAACCCGGUGAGUGUAAUAAACGGAAAACGACUUGGACCGGGGCGAGACCGCGAGACCGCCGCGCUUUCUGAUGACGGAACUGGAGGGGAGGAGAUAGAGGAGAACAAGAAAAACCGGUGAGCAGCUGUGAGGCAGGGAGAGUGUGUGAAAGAAGAAGAGUUCAGUCCUGUCAGCAUAACCCCAGAGACCAGCUAAGGGGAAAGAAGGAGACCUACUGACCUGGUGGAAACCAGUUAAAAAACAAACAAAGCAGCAACUGGAAUCGGACACUGCUAGGACGACAUUAAACUGGAAGGGAAACGGAUGCAUAGAUCAGUAUCUGAGAUCAAGGACCAUGACAGACUGAGUACUAGCUAAAGCAGAAUUCAAGUGCACCUGCAGCUAGACACCAUCUGAGGACACGUUUUCAAAUCUUCAACACUACACAGUGUUAUCGAUACAAAAGAUGAACUGAGAUUGUUUGGAGGGUUUCAUUUUUUUAAAUUUUUUUUAAACCUUUGGACUAUCCAUUGUGCAGCUUGUGUUGUAGUAUGGAGAAAGGUCCUCGCACAGGCCUGACACCUUUUUUCUGGGCCAGAUGAGGGGUUCCAGGCCAAGUUUGCUGCAGGGCCGCCGGUUCCACUGCCGGGAAUGGGCCCUGGAGAAGGUGAAGAGAUACCUGGAGGCAAGAAAUCAGGCCAAAGGGGUGAAGGACUCCUCCCAUCCCACAUUGGGUGUCCUAGUGAUAGGGGGGCCUGGAACAGGUAAGACGGCCUUCUGCACAGAGCUGGUCUGGCCCCAAUCAGAAGCCGGGAGAGCGUUCGGGCUGGCAUCGAGGUGUCUGGCUUGGCACUAUUGUCAAAGGGAAGAUGCAGACAGCCUAGAGGUUUGGAGGUUUGUGCUGGGCCUGGUAGAACAGCUGCGUAAUAGUCCUCUAUUGGCACCGAACUACAGAAACCUCUUAGCCAACCCUGCUAUUGCUACCAGCCUCGAGCCUCUUCACUGCCAACGUGACCCAGAUGACACCUUUAAAAGGACAGUUGUGGAGACCUUGCUCUCCAUACCCUCUCCAUCUCAGAGUGUUUACAUAGUGGUAGAUUCUCUGGAUUUUGACUGUAGUGGGACUGUUGGAGUUGGUGAAGGUCUGACAGCAGGGACUACAGGUACUCCGAGUACUUCAAUAGCGGAGCUCCUCCUCAGGCACCACCAGUACUUGCCACCAUGGGUUCUCCUGGUCUGUUCUGCACGCAGACAGAAUAAGGCGGUGUGCAAGAUGUUUUCAGGAUUUCGAAAACUGUGUCUAGAUGACUUGCGGAAACCUGUGGCUGUACGUGAUGUUCAGCAUUAUAUUCUCCGGAGGCUAGAUCAGGAGGGGACACUGCGGCGGCAGCUCACACCAGAGACCGCUGACAUGCUUAACUUGCUGCAUAUCAAGAGUGGUGGCUGCUUUCUCUUCCUUGAGCGAGUACUGGAUGGUGUGGCAAGUGGUUUAGUAGGGCUCAGAGAAAUCCGGGACAUUCCAGGUACACUAAAUGGUCUCUAUUUAUGGCUCUGUCAGCGUCUCUUCCCCCGUAAACUCUUUGUCCACGUUAGACCCUUGCUCAACAUUAUUCUUGCCUCCCCACGACCAAUAAAUCUUGAGGAACUUUUCACUGCUGCACGAACUAGAGAUGCUUGUAUGGUACAUGAGGACUUUCAGUCACAAAUGCGUGCUCUGGCACCACUGAUAGUAGAUGGGCCAGAGGAGAGAAAGCUCUUGUUCCAUAGUAGCUUUGCAGAGUGGUUAACUGAUGUAAAGUACUGUACACAGAAGUUUCUGUGCAGUACUACAGAUGGUCAUCUUUCACUUGCCAUGUCCCUGUCAUUGAGAUCUAAAAGCCUUAACACGGAAGAGGUAUGCCAAAUGGGCCAUCACCUCCUCAGCAGUGGAAUACAUUCAGGUGAGCCAGCACUGCUGGCUCUAUGGAUGCUUUGGACUGGAGUUCCCACUCUUGGCAGUGGUGGGAGGAGCGUUUCUGCCACCGUCUCUCAACAUCCAUUUUCCAUGCAAACACCUGUGCUGGUUCAACAGGAUGUACUACAGCUUCUUAUGAAAAGUGGUGUGUACCCCCCCACCUGUUCCCCAGACAGUGGUCCUAGUGUGGGUGUACACUGUGUGGGUAAAGGGAGAGCAAUACUAAGAAGGGUGUUGCAAAGAGAGGACUCUGUACGAGCACUUUUGGAUAGUGGGAUUAAUGUAAACAGGACUGACCCAUCAGAUGGACGAACUCUGCUCUCUACUGCAGCCCACACAGGGCUUGUAGAUAUAACUGCACUACUAUUGUGUCAUGGAGCAGACCCUUCUAUAAGUGACAACCAGGGACAGACACCGCUAACCCUUGCAGCCAGGCAGGGUCAUGUGGGUGUACUUCAGGUUAUACUGGACUGGAUUCAGGAUCAAGGGUGUGACACUGCUCAAACAUUGCUGGAGCAUGCAGACAGUGAAGGAUGGACUGCUCUGAGAUCAGCCUCAUGGGGUGGUCAUAAGGAGGCAGUGAAGGUGCUUCUAGAGGCAGGAGCAGAGGUAGACGGUUGUGAUCCGGAUGGGCGUACUGCUUUACGUGCUGCUGCCUGGGGGGGUCACGAGGAAAUCUUGCUGACUCUCCUUGACCACGGUGCUAAAGUUGAUAGCAUGGACCAUGAAGGCCGUACUCCACUCAUUGCGUCUGCCUACAUGGGGCAUAAGGAGGCAGUAGAGAUAUUGCUGGAUGCUGGUGCAGAAGUGGAUCUGGCAGAUGGGGAUGGACGUACUGCGCUCUCAGUGGCUGCGCUGUGUGUGCCAACAGCCGCAGGGGGAAGAGGACAUGGAGAGGUUGUAAGUCUGUUGUUGGAAAGGGGUGCUGAUCCAGAGCAUAAGGACAAAAAUGGGAUGACACCUUUACUCCUUGCCUCCUAUGAAGGACAUGAGGAAGUGGUAGAGCUGCUCCUGGAGGCUGGGGCUGAUGUGGAUGAGAGUGCUGGAGCCUACCCCUCUGCUAUCACACCUCUCCUUGCAGCUGCAGCCAUGGGCCAUGCAGGCACAGUGAACCGUAUGCUAUUUUGGGGGGCAGCAGUAGAUGCUAUUGAUGGGGAAGGUCGCACAGCACUCUGCUUAGCUGCCGCUAAGGGCAGCGUUGAAGUUGUGCGAGCCCUGCUGGACCGGGGCCUGGAUGAGAAUCACAAAGAUGAUUUGGGCUGGACACCACUGCACACAGCUGCCUGUGAGGGCCACAAGAGUGUUUGUAUGGUACUCACAGUGCAAGGUAGUAUGGCUAGAGUUGGUGAACUGGACGUGGAGGGCCGGACUCCACUCAUUCUGGCAGCACAGGAAGGUCACUGCAGUACAGUUAGACUCCUGCUUGACCGUAAAUCACCUAUUGAUCAUCGAGGGUAUAAUGGACACUCUGCCCUCAGUGCAGCUGCCCUGCAAGGGCAUGAGGAGGUGGUAGAACUGCUCUUGAAACGUGGAGCUGACUCUGAUGUUCGAGAUGCAGAAGGAAGACCUCUUCUGUACUUGUUAAUUCUGGAAGGCUGUUUGGGUAUAGCCACCUUACUCAUAGAGAAAGGGGGUGUUCCACUAGAAUCAAGAGAUGCAGAGGGCCGUACAGCACUACAUGUAGCAGCUUGGCAAGGUGACCUAAAUGGGAUUGAGCUGUUGCUAAGACAUGGUGCAGACCCUAAUGCACUGGACUCAGAAGGCCGACCACCACUGCACUCCGUGGCUUGGAGGGGGCACAUCAGUGCUGGCAGAUUGCUCCUCAGGGCUAGGGGCAUAAAUGUUGAUCUUGCUUGCAAAAAGCAAGGUGCCACUGCACUCAGUAUCGCUGCUCAGGAGGGACACACUGAAAUUGUGGCCAUGCUUUUGGAAAAUGGUGCUGACCCAGACCUUCUGGAUCGCUAUGGCCGCUGUCCGGUAAAAGUUGCAGGAAAGAGAGGUCAUUUCAGCAUUGUCCGCCUACUAGAGAGCUAUGGUGCUAAGCCAUUCCUUGGACUCCUACCUUUACUCUGUGAAACUCCAGGAUCCUCCAAUUCCUCCAUUCUGAAAACUCAGGUUUCCAUCUGCACUGUAGAGGGGUUUGGAAAUGGUACCCCAGCCACUUCCUCCACCUCAUCAAACUCUUUGUCAGCCUCUUGCUCACCUGCUUCUACGGCUGAGAGAUUCCAUUCAGUGCCUGGUUCUCAGACAUCUUCCUCCACGUGUCACUCUCUGGCCACGGUGCAGACUGUACCUGCAGACACCUUAAGCUUCACACAGCAGAUUCAGCAGCACUCACUACCCCGCUGCCGCAGUCGGCCAUCCACCUUACCUCUACAUGGCUCAAAUCCUUCUAGCCUACAGAGAAGCAUUGCAAAGAACAAGCAGAAAGUAAUUUCCAAAGAUAACCCUACCCAUGCACAAUGCACGAUCCUUGGACUACAGGACUCGCAUGUUCCCCUUAAAGGCCUUGGGUCUGCACAAACUGCUGACUACAUCUUGAAGCAACAAACGCCUCACUUAAUUGAGAACGAGCUAGAAAACAGUCCCCUGAAAUCGGGAAGUUGCAAGUGGAACUCAGUAAUGUUGUCUCUAGGAGUGACACCAAACCAAGAGGGGGCUAUUAGACAGCCAAUAAAUAGAGACCGUUCACAGUUGGGUUAUCCCCCACUUCAUCUUCAGUUCCAUGAACAAAAAGAGAGCUGGGAUGGCUUUCAAAAAACAACAAUUUCCCCAACCUUUGACCUCUCAGCCAUCUCUCCACAUGGUGCCUUAAUAGAAGAACCUGUGUUCAUCACAACCACAGACCCUCAGCUUAACCUCAAACAAGCCAUUAAAUUGCAGUUUGAGGGACCAACCAGUGCAGCACUUUACAAGAGGGAAACACCACUCUAAGGCAACCUGUGAUAAUUAGGAGCUCAAGGAGGAGAGGGUGCUAUGAAGAAUUGCUGCAUGUAAGUCACUCAGGGUAGAGGAGAAGUGUGGUAAACGAGCAGCAAAAGAAGAUGCAAAGAACUGAUGGACUUCAAAGGGCCUAUGCUGUGUACUUUCUGGAUAUUUUUAUGGCUAGUCACAAUGGACGACCGCUAGCUCCCCCUCACUAAACAAUCGCAGGAAAUAUUCUUACAAAGAAACACAACAGGGGGAUAUGGUUGCAUACAGGAAAAUGUGAUAACAUAAUGCGAUCAAAGAACACCAUAAAAAGGAAGACAAACCUAAUAUAUAUUUUAUUUGCACACAUACAGGAGGGAGUUAUAUAGUGGCUGUAACGUGGCCCAAGGCAGAACAUGCACAGUAUAGGUAUUGUACAUAAUGUCCUAUAUGUCCAGCAACAUAGGAUUCAUCUUUACAGAGCAAGGAAGAACGGAUCGAAACAAUUCUAAAUAAAUCAUAGCAAAUCAAUGCCGAAUAUAAUAUAUUAGGAAAGUUCUACAAAUAAAACCAAUUGUUUUGCAGGUUUUUUACAAAUAUUUUUGAUAUCUAUGAUGCUGGACUUAUGGGAAACCCUGUAUAAUAAAGCACCUUUUAAUGCAUUUUUUCUUUUCUUCCUUUUUGCAAAAUAGUGUGCACAGUGCCAGAGAAAACCGUUCAUUUAUUUGGAAUGCACACCAGCAUUCAACAAAAAUACCAUAACCAUUUUUAACUGUCCCUCUGAGUAUUUUGCAUUCCUCUUAAGGAAUGUUUAGGUCAUCAGUGCUGACCCCUUUUAUGGCUGUGUCUUAAGCUUGGUGUUACCAUGCUAUAUUUGAGUAUAUUUAUGUUUGUUCUCAUUGUACUCGUUAUGAUGGAUAUUCUCUUUUGUUUAAACAGUAAAUUAACAGACCGCUUAGCCAAUAAUUUUGCAAUAUUUAAGAGCAGGUUUUAUUACAUGGAUUAAAAGUAAUGAUGGAUUUAGGAUGAUAUUACAGUUAGAAAGAGAAAGAAAAAGGGGAAAGGUGCCAAAAAUUCGGAUAAUGGCAGGUGCCGUGAAUAUAUGAGAGAGUGGUUCCAAGAAAAAAAGAACGGAUUUUGAACUUUGCUAGAUGUAAUAUACUUAUAUAAACACAGUCACACUGUAAAUAGAUUCUUUAAUUAAUAUUGUAACACUCACUAUUCAUGUUAAUGGGUAAUGCUAACAAUUGUUUAUAAGGAUUUUCUUUUUAAUGACAUUCCAUCACUGACUUUGUUAUGCACUGUGACAAACUUGCAGCUAAAGAGCAAGAACUACUCUCUAGGACGGACUCACUCUCACACACACACGCAUCACACAUUACGCAUACACAACAGGGUAAAAAAAAAAGCACGUUUUUUUCCCCCCGUCAGUACAAAAAUGUUUUGUCACUGAAAUGUGCACAAAAGAGUGUCUUAUGUGCUAAUAUUCUGUAGUGCCUCUGUGUACAUAAAAGCUUUUACUAUAAAUUAUAGCUUUAACUGUGCAAAAA